UUUUGCUAAUGUAAUCUUCUACGCUCUGACUUGACUCUAAUGUGGUGUUGAUUAAGUCCUUAAGGAGGCCCACCCUUCUUGUCAAACCAUUAUCAUCAAAUGCUUUUUGUAGAUUGUCCCACACUUCUUUUGCCGUUGUGCAAUGUUGUACGUGAACGUAGUUCUGUGGGUCCAGUAGUAAAACCAUUUUAGCCUUCGCUUUCACGUCCUGCGUCGGGUCAACUGGUUUGCCGGCACUCGGUUCCACACAUUGCCAUAAGUUUUCGUGCUCCAGAUAUGUUUUCAUACUGAACUUCCAUGUCGCGAAGUUUUCACGCCCGGUCAAUUUCUCCAGGUUAAACAUAUUUGAGCUCAUCUUCCUGCUAGUAUUGCUCACUAGUUUUACAAUAUGUACUCGGCGUCCACGCACUAACCUCACUUUUGGUUUAAAAUUUUCUGUCGAACUAUUUUCGGUUUAUUCACGCUUUCGGAUCCAGACAGACACAACCACGCUCUGCUACCAUGUUGUGAUUUGGAUGGCGUGAAUAAAAGAUAUAAUUAUAAUAUUAUUCGGUGUAUAAUUAAAAUAGUAAAAAGAACAGAAAAAAUGUACAACGGCUUGGUAACACAAAAAGGAGGGAAGGACAACAGCGCCACAAGUGACGAAACAUAGGAACUAAAAGGCGAUUGCGUUCCAUUUCAACAGUUAUGGAGAAAAUUUUCUGAAAGAGUAUUGUUAUGGGGACUUUUUUUGUAGGAAAUGAGGGAAUUCCAAAAUAUAUGGCUGGCAACCCUAUAUGGAACAAGUGUAAAUUUUAGUAUUUUGAUUGCUAUAUCGUAUAUCUAUUCUUUUCCUGGUUUUACAGUUUUCAUAAAUAUGUGAUGAGUUAAUAGUUGCUUCUAAACUGUGCGAAGUGCGGGCUCACUAAUGCAUUUCGUAUUAGUCAGUAAUGUAGUGUAAAAUUAUAAAGAAUAUAGCUAUCUGCAGGUUGUUGACAAUGCAAUUUCCAUUCGAACCAUAUUUAAUGAAAAAUGAAUAAUAUAUAGUGCAUCUUAUCAAGUUAAAAUGACCGAAAACGGCUAUGAGGGUGAGCAGUCCCAGCCGUCGUGGGAAAUUCCGGGUCCGUCGUCUCUCGCGGCUAUGCUAGGCACGGUCUUUACAUCCACACAUCCAGACAGUCAGCACAGGAAUAAUGGGUCACUUCAAAUGGAGUGUGAUGAAAUCUUUGACGAAACUGAUGAUGAAAUAGAAGUGAUCCCAUCAGUUUCCGAUGCUAUGUCACCUAUUCAGGAAGAACAGUCACCUGAUCCCGUUAUAUCCUCAAACUAUAUUAAUUCUACGACUCUUAACCACUCUUAUGGCAUGAAUAUGCAGCCAUUAAGUCAUCCAAUGUCAUCUCACCUUAGUCCUGUGCCCGAGGAGUAUCAACCAUUACCUGAUAGCUCGAGUUCACUAGACUAUGGAGUGGGGGGCAAUGAAACAGAUUCCAACAGCAGUGAUGGUCCACAAAGAUAUCCAACUGUAAAUAUUAGAUACCGGCCAAAACCCCACAUUAAUCGUCAUCGGGGAUACUAUUACCCUGCCUAUGCACAUUAUUCAGGAGGUGAGCAAGCUAACCGUGAUUAUCUUAUGCCUUCAUAUCAAAAUAAUGUUAUUAUGGUUAAUGGAGAAGAGCGCCCGUAUUUAACACAAGCAUUGCAUGCAUAUCUUCAAGCUAAUCCAACACCUACACAGGAUGACUUAAUGGCACAAAGGGGCUACAUACCACCUCUUGGAAACAGGCCUGUUUACAGUCCAAUUUCAGACAAUGAAGAUGAAACUGUUAACAAUGAAUAUCAGUUAGAUAGUCCAGAAAGGCCGAGUCGCAGAUUAAAUAUUUCACCGAGGCAUCGACUGUCAAAAGAAAAUGAAGUCAAUACUAAUUCAGUUGUAGUACUAUCUGAAGAGGAAGAUAAUGCAACUGCUCACAGGCCAAUGUAUAACCAUGUCGCACAAAACAAUAUUCCAACAAGUAGUGCUAACUUCCACAGUAAUAAGUCACCAUCAAGACUAGACAUCAAAAGAGAGCCUCAUGAUCAAGCAGAGGUGUCGACACAGGCUGCGGGAGAUGCAGAUAAUAGAGGCACACAGCAGUCUGCACUUUUAUGUGGACAACGACAAAGUAGUAAUCAAAAUUGCAUUAAUGCUCCACCUCAGCCACAACAAAACGCAAACAUCUCUAUGCCUGUACCUAUGAAGACUGAGCCAGUUGAAAUACUACCCACUGAUCAAUCUGUCGAUGUAGCAUACAGGGCUGCAAUAAUAAGAGAUUAUAAUAACCUAGUAACUGAUUCUAAUAAUCCUUACUUUAAAGAUGUACAUGGAUCUCAGACUCUUGAAUAUGUGCACAAUCAUGACAUACCUAUGCCGCGCCCUCUCGUUGAAGGCAGUGUAGCCAGUGGAUCAAAUAGUUCCAUGUCUCAUGUCAAAGAAGAGCCAGGAGCUCGUCCUCCUAAUAUCAAACAAGAAGUCGGCUCAUCGCAACCUCAAACAUCUGGAUUUGUUAGACAAACACAAGCCAAUGCCAUAAAAAUAGAGUCAACAGAACAGCCAUGUGUGAAGAUGGAACCUGGUGUUUCAAAUGCGCCCAGGAGUGUGGAAACAACUGAAAAUGUUGGUGUGAAAACAGAAGCUAAUGGAAACAGACGAAAAUCUCAUGAAAUUGAUGCAGGUGGAGAUAGAAGAGUGAAAAAUCGUUCGCCACAGCCAGGCCCCAGUUCUGAAAGGCCUGCACAUAGUCAAAUGAGAACAAAUAAUGAUGGUCGGGGAGCAGCAGCCAGUGGAUCAGCAAUGCGAGGUUGUGUCCUGUCGGCACCUGACCUGCAGCUGGAUUGGGUGUCUGAUAGUUCUGAUGAUGACGUGCAAGUGUUAGAGGGAGAAAAUUCGCGUGAAGUGAUCGACUUGACGGAGUCUCCCGAGGAGAUAGGCGGGUCGGAAGACGAGGCCCGCGCGCUGUCGCCGGAGCCGGCAUGGGAGUCCCCGCGCUACCAGCCGCCGCUGCUGCCCGACCCGCCGCUCUUCCAGCACCCGCCCCCUUUACAGCACAACCCUGCGAUGCACAACGCAACCGUCCACCAGCACAACGGCAUGUCGCACAACGCCGCUCACGCUCAUCUUCUGCGGGCCAGAUCGGUCCGCAUGGGCGGCUGCAUGAUGGUGAGCCGCGGCGGCUGCUGCUGCGCUGCUCACCCCCACAACCCGCACCACGUGCACCACCAGCACGCGCACGCGCAUCCCCACGUGCCACAGCAUGCACAUCUGCCAAUGCCGGACCGCCGUCGCGACGUCGGGAUGUCCAUCGCGCCGCCGUACCUGGUCCACGAACGCUUGUGGCAGCGGCAGCAACACAUGCUUGAGGUGCAGCGCCGUAAUAUGAUGCCAGAGAUGCCGUUUCCCGAGAACGCACAAUACCAAAACGCCUACGCCGUUGCCCCUGCUUCCUCCAUGCUGGCUUAUUCUGAUGAUCAGCGAGAUAUGGGACUACCAAUAGGCCUGGCCCCCGCUCCGAUGAUGAUUGAAGGCCAACACAUUCAUCAUCACAUGCAUAAUCAUCUGCAGAUGCAACCGCCGGCGCCACACCUGCAUAUUUCCAUCCAGCCUAGUAGAUGGGUGCCGCAAAUUUUCGACCCCCGUGUGGCGGUCGCUGCGGCGCAGAUGUUGGCCAUGGUGCGUACUGCGGAGGUGGAGGCCCGCCGCGCCGCUUCCCGCGGCGCCUCGCGCACCGUCAUCGAGAACAACACCUACCGGCACGCGUACAUCCGCACCGCACACUGCUCCGAGGAGAAGUGCACAAUCUGCCUCUCCACGUUUGAGAUCAAUAGCGAUUGCCGGCGACUGCCGUGCAUGCAUCUGUUCCACAUGGAGUGUGUGGACACGUGGUUGGCGUCCAACAAACACUGCCCCAUUUGCCGCGUGGACAUCGAGACGCACCUCAACAAGGACGCCUAGAUCUACACGUCCCACCGCAUCACAGACGACCACCAGCUUCAACAACGGAUUGCAUCUAUCACACAGGACUGGACUCACGUUACCUUGGCCAUUACACUCAUAAUAAUAGUGCCCACCACGAGGCAAGGUCGACAGCACCAUAUUAGUUCAAAACUAACGACGUCGACCAACCGGAUUUCAGAUUUGGAAAAACGAGUAGAAUACAUAAAAAUGAUUAUACACCAGAACAAAAAUUACGUAUUAUAAGCAUCACAACAAUAUAUUACAUAGGAUACUUUGAUGUGUUUAGUCUAUUCCUGUUGGCCACUAUCAUUACUAUCACAAGACAACAAUUAACAUAAAUUCAGCUGAUUAAUAUGAAAUGAUAUAUGAUGUAUGAGUACUGAUGAAAUGAUACUGGCUAGCGCGAAAGACGUUUAAAUGUUCUUGAAUGUUGUAAAUCUGUUAAAUAUAUAGGUCCCUAAAUGUUUAUUCAGAUUCAGCAUAAGAUGCUCCUAUGCGGCACAUUCUUUAGAUACAUUUGUAGAGUAUAUUGACCACUUCACCAAUGGUUAUAUUCACGGCGUGUAGCCCUGCUUGCCUACAUUCAGCCGCUGCCUCGCACUGUCCAUUUUACUCGCAAGUAAUAUCUACAUUCUGUCCGAAGUGGUACUAAGUUACGGUCCUUUUAAAUUCCGCACAAAAACAGCUAGGCAAGAAUGGUAGCAGUGACGAUACAAGUGCAGGGCGACGGCCAUGAACAACUUAAUGCAUGCAUGUGUCAAAUUCUGCAAAAACAUGAACAAAGAUUGUGACAUAGGAGCACCUUAAGUAAAAAUGUAACGAUAAGACCACUCACCAAUACUCCAAUACUUUUCUGGGAAUAUAAUGAAACAAAACUUCCUUAUUGCCUAUUAAAAUUUAUUAUUGCCACGCAUAGGCUGCUACUUAAUAUUAUUUUUUUAUUAUCUCUUUAUAUCAUUUCUUUUUCGUAUUUUUGUUUUUGUCAGUGACUGGAUUAUCUUUUAAUUUUUCUUCAAGAUGAGGCGAGCUGAUUAUAGCCUUUUGUUGCAACUCCAAGCUUUCUUGCUGAAGAUCAUGCGUGAGUUGCUUCUGAACAUUGCAUGUCCUAAGGAACAAUAAGGAAGAAUAAAUUAAAUUCUACUUUUACUAUUAGGUAUAAAAGUUCAUGUUUCAGUGUGAUUAUUCAAGAUUCAAGUAGCAAUGUAAAGCGCACGAGCGUUAAAUAUUUAGAUAAUAAAUGAAUGUCAUACAGGUUGUGUAACUGCAGCUGAAACCACUACAUUUGUUUUAUGAAAUUAGCAUGUCAUUCAUCUUUAAUUAAAUUAGCCACACAACUGGACACAAAUACUAACAACGCAUUUGUGUUGGUAUCAGCUGUGUUUACUUUAGAUAUAAGUACAUAUUACUUCUAAAAUGAUUUUUUUUAUUAGGAGUUAUUAAGAAUGAGCUUAAUUCUGUAAAAAUAUUUUUGUUAAUUUUCAUUCUGAUAUUAUUUAAAAAAUUAAUAAAAAUAAAAGCUAUUACUAUUUA